CCAGACACCUCUACGGACUCACUGCCGCCUCACGGCUCCACGCUCCAAGUCUAUGCCACUAGCAUCUCAUAAUCUCCCCCCGUGGCAUCCAACAGCUGCGGCUGACUUGCAAUACGAAAGACCGAUUGAAAAAGGCGUUUUUACAGCUGCAACCAAUUGGUCAUGCUUAAAAUAGCGACAAGAAGCCUUAUUCCCCAAACAUUAUCGCGAAUCCCGCUUCUUUCUCAUCGCGCAGCGCGAGCAAAUAUGUCGUCCAUCACAACCAACAUUGAGGGCGAUGCCAUCAAAUUUGGCCCAUUUGAAGUUACAAAGCAAGUGUUUCUUAAGACACAGCAUGUAUUCGGCCUGGUGAACCUCAAGCCUAUUGUCCCGGGCCACGUCCUAGUGUGCCCGCUAAAGCCGCACCGUCGCCUUACGGACCUAUCUCCCGAAGAGACAGCAGAUUUGUUUACGACUGUGCAGCAGACCCAGCGGAUGCUGGCUCGAAUUUACUUUAAAACAGACAACUUGGAAGCAGGAAGCUUUACAGUGGCUGUGCAAGACGGCCCCGAAGCCGGUCAAACGGUGCCGCAUGUUCACGUACAUGUGCUCCCGCGAACCAAGGACGAUUUGGGCAAGGAACCAGACGAGGUGUACGUCGAGAUGGCUAGUGAAACGGGAAAUGUAGGCGGCGCGUUGUGGGAUCGCGAACUCGGCCGCCGUCCUUCACCGGGCGGCAGCAUGCCUCGCAUCGAAGACCUCUCGCGAGUGGCACGCACGGCAGAGGACAUGCAUGAGGAGGCGGACCAGUACAAGGCCGUCCUUGGAGAGAUGCUACAGUAAUAGAAUUAUUGGGGUAUUGCAAGGAGAUGUUAGUCGAGCUUGUCCCAUGUGUGGUUGAAAGUAGCAGAUAGUGUAAGAAACGGGUAUUGCAGUACUACGAAACCUGAUUGAAAUCCCGUGUAUGUUAGUUUCAUUACCGAUUGUACGUUAUGAAUGUUAGGCCUGUUUAAUUGUAUUAGCCCACAGAGACAAGUGCAAUCUUAUGUGAGAAUGCCCUCUGGCGGGGGGCGGAAAGCUCUCCGUUGGCCUCUGCAGUCUGUACUUGGUGCGAAGAUGGUCAGGUGAGGCCGAGCAACAUUAGCGUCAAUCACCGCCAUGUCAUUCUGAUAGCUUUUUGUGUGCUACUGUUUACAAUAAUAUUUUUUUUUUUUGAAAAAUCGGAGUAUCCAGUAAACCGGCUCCCGAGUUACUCAUAGAAACCGUACUAGCAGUAGAUAGACACAAAGUUGGAAAAUGUGUUGAAUGUCCUAUAUACAGAGAGGCACAGUUGAUGCAGCUACCGAGUUACUUAGUGCCACUUGUCUGAGGCAAACAAGAGGCGAGGCCCAUUGCGGCUGCUGUGCUAGGUGUGGUUUGCGUAAAUGCAUACGCAGCAACGCGCCAUGAUCCAAGCGAAGAUCGGCGCGAGAUGCAAAAGGUGGGAUGCAGACCAACGACGAGGAGGGGCUUGGCUAUUC